AUGUUGCAGUGCUGUGGUGUUGGAGGUGGCGCUUCCACGGCACCUCAGGCUCCGCAGCUGCACGGUACCGGAUCCGCUGUCGGGGCUACCACCUCCACGAGAACCAUCAUGCAGGACGCAGUUCUCGAAUCCAUCCUGGAGCAAAUGCGGGAGACGGAAGCCCAGCGAGCGGAGCUGGAGAGGCAGCAUGCGGACGCACAGAACCAGCUACGGGAAAAGAUAGCAGGACGCUAUCAGGGCCCGGAAUCGGUUGAGGCGUUACAAUCAAAGAUCCGAGAGCUCGAAAAGAAGACCGAAUUGCAAAUGGUGAAGCACGAGGAACUAUCGCUAGAAUUGACUAGUUUAAGACGUGCGCGCAGUAGGGGACCGAUCGUGGGACAUGUCACGUCCACGAACGUCCCUACAUCCACUUGGCCGCCGGCCGGAUCUGAGAUUGAUAGACUCAUGGCCAAGAUUGAGCAAGAUAAAGGCACCAUCAGAAUAUUGCACGAAUUGGACCACACGCGGGGCGCGAUAACCACGCAACAACCCUCGGCCACGCAGGGCAUUCUUAGGUCCAGCUCGGAAAAUCUUCCCAACCUCGGUCAGCAUCAGCAUCCACCACAUCCGCACGCCCUCAACCUCGGGAUGCCUACCCAGAUGAGCCACUAUGCAGGUUCACCAAUGCCAUUAACGCCGAUGAUGCCUGGUUGUCCUCCACUGACGCCGAAUGGACCACCAUAUCACUACAGUGAACCAAUACCGCCGGCACCGUCACUUUCCAGCAGUCAGUCGCAGCCCGCUUUCCAGCAGAAGAUCCAACAGUACCAGCAACAGUCGCAGCACGAGAUGUCGAGUUCUCAUUCUCAAAGCGUUCUACCAUCCCAACAAAAACAGCAGCAAACGCACACCUCACAUUUUACAAGCAAUCAGUACCAGGAGAGCUACCCGCAUACGCAAACGUAUCAACAACCGCUUCAGCAACAGCAACAACCGCAGCAACAACAGCAACAUCCGGCCUCGACCACGUACCUGACAUCGGCUAGCCAGAGCGUGAUACCUCACUAUACACAGCCUGCCCAGACCGCCCAGAAUUAUCAAUUGAAUGGGAGUCAACAGGCAACGACAUAUCCUAGUUUGUCCAUGGCCUCGCAUACAAAUGGAACGUAUAGCACGGGUGCGACCAGCUAUAACACCCAAUUGCCGCAUCAUAACUAUACUGUGCCGCAGACGAACAUUACGCAGACAACGUUGUCAUCGCUGCCGCUGUAUUCCACCACGUCCUUUCAUUCCACCCUUGGGGGACUCACAAGCGUACCUCAGUCCGUUCUUCCUUUCUCCACCGGUCAGAGCACUUUCGCUACCAGUGGAUCGACAUACUCCACUACUGUCGGGACCAACGCUUUCGGGACAUCGGGCGUAAGCUCAGGUACUAGUUCGGGAGGCCUGUUACAAGCAAUAGGCGAUCCUUUACAUGCGAUGCAGCAACUCUCCGCCCAGUCACAGGCAAAUCAGCUUCAGCAGCAGGCGAUUAUUCAACAGAUUCAGCAGAGCUUGCGCGCCAGUUCGCCGACCGCGCCCGGUACCGCGACCGGCUACCAUUUUCUGGGUCCUAGGCAAAUGCCGAAAAUUCCCACGAGUAUACUGACGAAUCCCCUGGACCGACUAACCAACACUGAGGACAUAGUAUCCGAAGGUCAAGUGGAUAUGUUGGAUGUACCCGGCAAGGGCAGAUGUUAUGUUUACAUAGCUCGCUUUAGCUACGAGCCGUUUCAGCAUUCGCCGAACGCGAAUCCGGAAGCGGAACUACCGGUCCAGGGCGGCGAUUAUCUCUUGGUCUGGGGUCAGCCCGACGAUGAUGGCUUCCUAGACGCGGAAACGCUUGAUGGUAGACGCGGUUUGGUGCCGGCCAACUUCGUACAAAAGUUGGUCGGAGACGAUUUGCUGGAAUUCCAUCAAGCCGUUCUUGGCCUCAGGGACGUAGACGAUUCCGUCUCGACGAAUAUCCCUCAAUGUUAUCUGCAAGAUAUUGAUUUAGAAUUAGCCGCGUUAGAAGAAGGAAAUCGGAAUCGUCAAGCAGAACUAUCCGCGUACGCGGAACUCGACAAUAUCGCGGAGGAGGAUGAGCAGGAACCACCAGAAGUCUACAUGUUUUCGGACCUAGUUCCGGCGCCGCAGCAUCUUACGCUUGAGCGGCAGCUCAAUAAGAGCGUGCUGAUCGGAUGGACGGCGCCCGACAAUACGCAUCAACUCGAGUCCUAUCACGUCUAUGUGGACGGCGUGCUGAAAGUCACGGUGAAGGCCACAGAGAGGACCAGGGCUUUAGUGGAAGGAGUCGAUUCUACACGGCCACACAGGAUAAGCGUGCGCUCGGUCACGCACUCGAGAAGAACGUCGCGCGAUGCUGCUUGCACAAUGGUAAUUGGUAAGGACAUUGCCUUGGGCCCUACUGCCGUCAAAGCAUCGAACGUCACGGCAACUAGUGCUGUGAUAUCCUGGCUACCCAGUAACAGCAAUCAUCAGCACGUUGUAUGUGUGAACAACGUGGAAGUGAGAACCGUGAAGCCAGGCGUCUACAGACACACUAUCACUGGCUUGGCCCCGUCAACGAUAUAUAGGGUGACCGUCAAGGCGAAGAACCUGCGGGCGACGCAUUUUGAAGACCAAAAUGCUCAGGCAGCAAACAACCUGGCCUGUCACGUCCACUUUAAAACGUUGCCCAAAGGAUUACCAGAUCCUCCGGUCGAUAUCCAGGUGGAGGCUGGACCGCAGGACGGCACUUUGCUAGUGACCUGGCAGCCUGUUGCCCUAAACGGUUCGGCCGUCACCGGUUACGCGGUGUAUGCCGAUGGUAAGAAGGUCACCGACGUUGACAGCCCCACCGGGGAUCACGCGCUCGUCGACAUACACAAACUCAUGGGCCUCAAUCCGAAGCACAUUACCGUCAGGACUAAAAGUAGGGAGAGUCAGUCGGGCGAUAGUUGCGCAACAGCGAUACCCUGUAGCGUGCUUCGGGGUGGUCCCGGCGCUCACAUGCCGCCACCCCAUAGUGGACUGCCGCAUAUAGUAGAUCAGCGGCAACCGCAACAAUCCACUAUGGGCCCUCCGCAGGAUGAUCCCAAUCGCCAUCGCAUGCCCGGUGGCGUAGCUCAGCGAUACCCAAACGCACCGGUGCCCUCGCAUAUGCGACGACACGUGAGCAACAGGGUAGACGCCCACGGUCAGGUUAUCAUCGAGACGGACGAGAAUCUUUCGGACAAAGAGAUUUAUCCCGGACAGAGCAUUCCUCAAAUGGGAAUUCCGGAAAUUACAAAAGAUUCUGCAAGCGAAGCAAAUUUUAGCGAGGAGGACGAUCCCACGCGAAGAUCGCGGGGAAUGCCACCACAGCAUCACGGUCCGCAUCAUCGAUAUGGCCCACAAAUGGAUCCACAGGGCCCGCCUGGAGCACAUAGAUCUCCUAGCAUGGGUGGUCCCAGCAGUAGACCACAAGAUCCUUAUUUUGACCAAACGGGAUCAUAUAUUGCUCAAAGGGGAAGAGGACCGAUGUAUCGCGGCGGACGAGUACCACAGGCUCAAGGUGGAACAAGUCAUCCAUCCAAUGUAACUCAACAAAUGAAUAAGAGACAACGUUGGUUUGUGGCAUUAUUCGACUACGAUCCUACGACCAUGUCACCGAAUCCAGAUGCGUGCGAGGAGGAAUUACCAUUUUCCGAAGGCGAUACCAUUAAGGUAUACGGCGAAAAAGAUGCUGAUGGAUUUUAUUGGGGCGAGUGUCGCGGUAGACGAGGAUAUGUUCCUUAUAAUAUGGUAGAGGAGCUUAAAGAUCCACCAGGUCAAGGACAGCCUGGUAGGCGAGGACCUACACAGAGUGAGAGAUGGGGAGACAUUUAUGCAAACAUGCCUAUGAAAAAGAUGAUAGCCCUCUACGAUUAUGAUCCUCAUGAAUUAUCACCUAAUGUUGAUGUUCAAGUUGAGUUAACGUUCCAAACCGGAAACGAGAUAUACGUCUAUGGUGAUAUGGAUGAUGAUGGAUUUUACAUGGGCGAGUUGAACGGUGUGCGCGGUUUAGUACCGAGUAAUUUUCUCACCGAGGCACCCGGACAGAAUCAGGGGCAACCGCCGCAGGGUAGCAGGCGACCCGGCGGCCAGAGCCAAGGACCGGGCGCGAGGGGACCACCGCCACCUCCUCGCGAACCACCUCCAACUAGUCAUCGACGUGGCAAAGAUGCCUGCAUUGUGCCUGUGUCUGUCCCUGUCUGUCACUUAGACUCUAGACAACUACAACAACAACCACCACCAUCACUAAUGAACAACCAACAACAUCAACUACAACAUCAAAACAAUCCACCGCAUCUAGCCUAUCAACAAGCGAAUCACCACAGCUACACGACCGUAACCACGUCCAAUCAGCAUGGGCCCAGUCACUUGCCACCCAGCGGCGGUGUCAUGGGUGCCCAUCAGCAAGGUCCCGUACUGCCCCACCUUCAGCAACAGAGUGCUAGCAAACCUAUUAGAGGGAUACCGGCAGUGCUACCGACAGCGCAGUCCAAGACACAGCCUAAUCCAACGCAGCAACAGCAGCAGCCGCAGCAACAGAGCACCGGGCCGAACCUGAUGCAGAAAUUCACCGAAAUGGCGGGUGCAAGUGCUGGCGGCGAUAUACUGUCCAAAGGGAAAGAGCUAAUUUUCAUGAAGUUCGGAUUGGGCAAGUGAGAAGGAGCGAUUGUUGACGAUGUGAUGGUGAUGACGAUAAUGAUGAUAAUAAUAACGACGCACCGUCACGAUCGUUUCAUUCUCCUCGCGCUCGCAUACGCGCAAGUCAAUCUCGUCAAUCACGUAUAAAUCAGUAUUACGAUGAACGUCGUUUGACAGCGGAGAAUGUAUAACAAAAGGAAGCGAUGUCGAACGUUGUUACUGAAGACAAAAGGGACAAAGGUAAGAAAAAGUGCGCCAUUGCUGCUGCUGCUGCUGUUGCUGUUAUUGUUGUUAUUCGCUACUAUUAAUCAUUAACUACUGCAAAAUAAAAAGAAAUUGUCGAUGGACAAAUAUAAAUCAAGAACGAGCCUUGCGAUAGAGGCAUCAGGGAGAAAAAACGAUGUGGAUAGCUUAAAAUAUAAGAUAAAGAUGCUCCACGCCGAGACUCAACUGACGAUUUUACCGAUCGAGAAGAGACAAGAGAUACAUACAAGAUUCAUCGAAUUUUGUCUUAAUUCUCUUUUUCUGAAAUCUUACUACAAUACUUCCUAAUUCUUCUUCACGCGCUGGUAGGAUCCUCGAUCGGUGCUGCACGGUCCAUUGAAGAGAUACUUGCUCGUCCGUCGCGGAAUCUCCUACAUACACGAGAUAGUCAAUAUCAUGGAAUGCUAUCUGCAAAAUAUGACAA